AGUAUAGUCACCUGAGGAUAUGGAGAUAUCAACAGAGAAACAUCUGAUCGAGGCUCAUUUGGAGCCUCUUAGAUGGACGAGUUCUCCAGAGGACAGAUAUUCAGACUCUGCAUCAGAGUCCAGUGAAGACGUCUCCAGUGAGGACGGCCUCUGGCAGCCGGACCGGCUCUGCCAGGAGACGAGCUCGACGUCGGCGGCCGAGAGCGACCAGAGACGUUUGGCCAGAAGGAAGCUUUUCAUGGCCUGUGCUGUCAGCCUCGUCUUCAUGACCGGAGAGGUGGUUGGUGGAUACGCCGCUCACAGUCUGGCCAUCAUGACGGACGCAGCUCAUCUUCUGACGGACUUUGGCAGCAUCCUGAUCAGCAUCUUCUCUCUGUGGAUCUCCUCCAGGCCUCAAACACACAACAUGACCUUUGGGUGGCAUCGAGCAGAGAUUCUGGGCAUGUUGCUGUCAGUGAUGUCUAUCUGGGCUGUAACGGCACUGCUUGUCAUAUCAGCCGCUCAGAGGAUCUCUGAUGGAGACUACGACAUCGACAGUCAGAUCAUGCUCAUCACUUCAGGCUGCGCUGUGGGAGUCAACGUCCUGAUGGUCCUGAUCCUCCAUCAGUCCGGAGCCUCACACGGCCACAGUCACACAUUCAUGCCGACCCACAAACAGCGUCGUGGGCGUGGCCACCAUCACAGCCACGGCAACGCCAGUGUGAAGGCCGCUUUCGUCCACGUGGUGGGAGAUCUGGUGCAAAGUGUGGGAGUCCUGCUGGCUGCCACCAUCAUCCACUUCUGGCCUGAAUAUAAAAUAGCAGAUCCGAUUUGCACGUUCCUGUUCUCCGUUCUUGUUCUUGGAACAACACUUCCAAUCACAAAGGACGUUUUCAGAAUCCUGAUGGAGGGCACUCCUCAGGGCGUUACCUUCAGCACCGUGAGAGAGCUGCUGCUGUCUGUGAGAGGAGUUGUGUCGGUUCACAGUCUGCACAUGUGGAGCCUCAACAUGACUCACUCUUUACUUUCUGUCCACAUGGUCACAGGAGAAGAUGCUGAUGCACAGAUCGUUCGCUUGAAGGCGACAAAGCUCCUGCGCUCUGAGUUUGGCUUCUCCAGUGUCACAAUCCAAGUGGAGCAUUAAAAGGACGACUGCCGACACUACCUUGACUGUGUGUUUACAUUGACAACUAUUUUUGCAACUAUUUUUAAUGAAAGGCUUACCUGGUGCACAGAUAUUCUUCUGUAUAUAUUCAAAAUUGUAAUGCUGUGAGUCUUUAAUAAGACAUGUAUUCAUGUUGUUACAUUUAUUAAUGCUGUAACAAUGUUCAUGUUUGAACUUUGCUUAUUCAUUGUAUUAAAACAAUCUUUUGCAUCAGUUUGGCGACUG